UUAAAAUACGUAGUAAUUACAGCUUUUACUGACAAGGCGUUCAAUACCAUUUUAAGAUAGAAACAGUGAAGCACGCAAAUUUGAGAUAUGGAAUUAGUCUACUAGCUAAAGAAAAGGUCAAAGCUGAUGUAUAUAUAGUGAGACAGGAGAUAAGUGGCAGGAAUCUGGCGGUGCAGACGACGGAUUAAAGCACGUAAAGCAAGUUGAAUAUUACAUAACAGUAAUAACAACAGUGGACUUGGAGGACUUUGUAGUUUUUUCGUCUAGCAAGUAAUAUAAUUUGCUACUAAAUAAUUGACCAUUUAAUUUGACCGAAUGUGUCUGCAUUGUAAAGCGUUGAUAAAUAUAGUGAAUAACCGUUCAUAAAAAGACAGUUGGAACGCGGUUGAUAACGAUAGAUGAUUUAGAAUAGGGAAAAUAGAUUUUUUUGUAAUAAUUACUGCUAUAUUACAUUUUGUUACAAGCGAUAAUUGAAACACAAAGUUAAACAACGGGAUAUCGAAAGUUAAUAGGAUUAUAACCUGGAAUUAUUGGAACAUUUUAUUAAUAUUGACCAAACUGUCAUUUAGAGUUCAUCUUAUUAAUUUAAAGGACAUUCGUCAAAAACAUGUCAACUAUGGCUGCUAUUUCAUUGAACUCCAGACCAGAAGGAUUUCCAAGUUACUUUACCAAUAAUUCUGUUGAAUAUGCAGUGAACACAACCAACAUGACGAACCUAGAAAACAGAGGACCAUCAGAUACGGCGCUGUAUAUUGGUGGUAUUAUUAUGUUGAUUGCUCUACUUUGUGGUCUGUUCGGUAAUUUUUUAGUCAUGAUAGUAUGUUUCACCAAGCGGGACUUGAGUAAUAUUAUCAACAUCUUCAUCAUAAGUUUAUGUAUAAACGACAUAAUCAAUCUUGGAUUUAACAACAGUUUAGUACUGUUGUCAUACUUCCUAGGAACCUUCCCGGCAGAUAUGUUAGUUUGUGAGCUUCUUCAGCAUUUAACUGUUUUGCUGAUGGGCUCGUCAUUAUGGCACACUGGCCUUAUUGCCAUACAUCGUCUCAUCGUAGUUGUAUUUAAUACAUUCUACAAGAAAAUAUCAAAGAAGGCAUACACCAUUUUUGUCUUGAUUUUUGCCAGAGUUGUACCGUUGUUGUUCAUAAUGCAACCUUCACUCGGUAGCAUGGCUUACUAUGAACCCAAACUAAUACGCUGCGUUGUAAAGAAAGACUUUGGACCAUUCACUCUGCUUGUUUCUGUAUUUUUAAUGAUGUUACCAUCGGUGAUUCUGAUUUUAUGUUAUAUAGCUAUAUUCAUCAAAGUUCAUCAGUCAUCGAGAGCUUUUAGAGGAUCAAGACAGCGAGAAUGGUUAAAGAGAGAAAUCAAAAUUACCAAAAUGUUUGGAAUGAUUUUCUUGUUGAUUCUGGUUGGCUACUUACCGUAUGGAAUCACAAGAGCAAUUGAUAAAAAACUACAAUGGAAUGGAGAUUUUUAUGUAGCUAUUACUGUGUUUUUUGCUGUAGCGAAUAGCUCGAAUCCAAUUGUAUACGGCAUCAUGGAUAAACAAAUACGAAGUGCUUGUUUCCAGAUUUUGGGGCUACGCCCAGUAGAUGUUAAUAAAAAUGGUGGACCAAUUACAUUGCAUUCAAAAUUAUCUCACGUUGAUACUUGUGUUGAUACUGAAGAUUUACCCUUGAAUUCUUCACCUGGAAAAGCGGUGUGAGAAUCGUUUUGACUUGCUCAUUUUCAAUUGCCGAAAAAAACUGAAAUCCUGUAUUGACAAUCAGUUUGUAUAUAUUUGUAAAUAUUUAACAGCUUAUGUUAAUUUAUUCUUUAUUUAUCAAAGAAGUUAAGAUGUAAAGGUUAUUAGUUUUUUAAUCGAUCAAAGUUGUUUUUUAAAAUAUUGAACAUUCAAAACUAUUUCCUUUGCUAUGCUCUUAUAUUAUGAUUUAUUCAAACAAUGAAUGUAGUAAAAAUAGUAAAAUCUAUUUUAUAUUCGAUUUUUAAAAUACAUAUUUUCAGUCAUCAUGUAAAAGAAUUUAUUAUAUAUUGUAUAAAAUCAAGUAGCCAAGCACAAUAAAACUGAAGACAACGAUUUUUUGCUUCAUCAUGGAAGUAUUAUAUUACUUCCCUGGCUUCACAAACGUCUCCUUAUUUCAUUCAACUGAAUUUCCAAUGUAGUACAUCUUAUUUUAUUAUUUUGCUUUCGUGUAAAGCAAUGCCAUUUACUCCAAAUGAGACUUCCAUCAUUGUCCAUAAGGCUAUUCCUAUAAAGAUAAUAAAUUGCUUCAGGUAAAAUAGCAAUAUUACAUAUUAUGAUUUGUGAAUAUUAUUGACCGAUUGACCGUUGAAAGUCUGUAUAGAGACCAUGAUAUAUAUUAAUUACAACAUAAACAUUACUGCAUGCAAUAUAAAAUAAAGCCUAAAGCAUUCUUUGGUAAUCAUCAACAAAUGUUUUUAUUUAUUAAAAAGAACGGUAUGCAGCAGCUGUUAGUGUAUUACAACAUGCUUAGAAAUACCAUUGAAAGUUCAUUACUUGAUCAUAUAUCAGCACUUGUAGUUUUAUUUUCCGACUUCUUAAAGAGUAGUUGUCACUAUCAAAGUCGAAGUUUUUGAAGGAUUGUUGAUUGUGACAACCGUCAAAGAAAACUUUGAUCAAAAACUUUGUCGGGCUUUGAUGGAAUAGAAUCUCAUCCUAUUUUCCUUGAAACUUGGAUGGACUUUAAUGGGAAUUAGCCAAUCAAUUUGUAGUUUAAGAAUGGUGCAUUUUUUUUGUUUUGUUUAAAAAACAAAAACCUAUGGCAAAAUUUGAGGAAAAGUAGGCUGAUUUCAAGUAAGAGUAAAAGAAAUUGCUGCGGAGAAAUGAAAUGAUCGAUGAAUUUAUUUCAAUCAGAUGUUCAACUUUACAAAGUGUGAAACUGAAUAUCGCUUUGAACAUUUAAAAGAAAUCAUAAAUUCUAUUUGUAAAGUUCUUAAAUGAGAGUGUUUAAGGUACUUUUGUGUAUUUUAAGCAGCUACUCUUGUACAAUUUCUCAUUCGUCUUCUGCAAAUGGUAAUACACAGUGAAAGUGCAAUGCAGUCAUUCUAUGGGAAGUUUAUUGGAGCCAUUUGUCUCUUUUUAAACAGCGAACAACCGCCUUUUCUUUAUCCAGGUUUUUGAUGUAAAAUUUUAACAUUGACAACAGAUGAAUUUGACCAAGUUUUGUUGUUCAAAGUUUUACUUUGACCAAGUUCUUGAUGGAAAACUUUGAUAGUGACAACGGGCCUUAUAAUAAAUUUAACAAGUUUAUUGUACGUAACUGUUUGCGAGUAUUUUAUUUCACGUUGAACAUCUGUUGAGAACAAAAAGUCUAUUUUCAAUGGUAUUUUAAGUGUAGUGUAACUUACUUAACGCCAAUGCUAAUAGUGUUCUUGUAUCGUUGAAUUCAUACUGUAUUUAAUUUCUGGUGGUCUAAUAGCAUAAAUACAUCACACAGAAACUUCAUUAAAACAACAAAUAUCUCUCACUAAAUUGUUUAACAGUCCACUGACAAACUGCACAGUACAUUAGUUAUUAAUUUGAAAUAUUUGUGUUUGUCAAUGUUCCGGCUGAUAUAUAAUAAAUCAUAUAGAGUGUUACCUGAAUAAACAGACAUCAACGAUUGUUUUCAUUUAUACAAAUACAAUACAAUACAUUCCAUUAAGGGACACGCUAAACAUGCAUUUUUCUUAAAAAUAUCUGUUUUUAUGAAACAGAUAAAAAUAAAUUUAUCUUUUCAAUUGUGUUUU